AUGGAGAGCUCGGGGCGCCUGUUACUCCAGGUGCAGCGUCUUUGCGACGACGGUCGCUUCAAGGCGAAGGCGGCGAAGAGAACUCCUUCGAGUUCUUUCCCGACGACAGCUGGGAAAUCGUCGAUCUUCCGUCAAGCAAACCUCCUCAGCCUCCCCCGGAAGUUCCCAGCGCCGACGCGCCUGAUCCGCCCCCCGCGGACUCCGCGGAACCCCCCGUGGGCUCCCCGGACGACUCCUUCCCCUUUCCGCCGGCUUGAGACGACUAUGCCGCAGAUUGAGGGGGUGGGGGAGCCGUCAAACCCACACCUGGACCCGUUUUUCACCUCCUCCCUGCCGCCCUUCCCUGUGGUUCCUUUGAACUCUGUGCCGCCGGUAGUUGCUGCGCCUCCCCCUCCCCCUCCGCACUCGUUUCCCCCGCCUCCUCCCCCUGAGAACUUCACUCCAGCUUCUGAGUUUCCCCCACCUCCCCCUCCCCCGAACGUCCUUCUCGCCUCUCCUCCGCCUAACCCUCCGCCCUUUCCCCCGCAGUCACCACCUCCCCCGGAUCCACCCUCCCCUGGUGGGGUAAAUGUGAGUCAACCCAGCGGCCCAGGCAGCAGCUUCCCCCUGUGCAACCCGUCACCCAUCCGGUGUGUGUUCAGGUUCGAGGGGUAUGAAGACAGAGUGCCAACGCUGGACAUUACCAGUGCUUUGGCGGAGGAGGUGAUCAGUCCCGCGCUGGUGGUGCUACGUGGUAACCGGACUUGUCGUGUGGUGGCAGCAAACAGUGGUGAGGGGAGGUCGAUCUGCGUUCAUGUGCUUGACGAGGUUUACCAUGCGACAAGGAGCCAGUUUUACGCCAAUGCGGAGGUUGUGCGAGUAAGGCAGUUCAAUCCGCUGAGCUUAAAGAGGGCCUUCUCCAACUCGCGACAAGAGCCGGAAGAGGUCGACGAAAUGGCCGACGCACAAGGCGCGUUCGUGACGCGCGCAUUCGAGAAGCUUCUCCGAGAAUCCACGGGACGGAAGUUUCAGAAGCUACACCAGGCGCUUAAAGCCUAUCUAGAUCGACCGAAAGGGGAGCAUUUGGUUCUGGUCACAUCAGCAUCACGAGUUGAUCCUCGCUAUGGGCUGCCACAGACAGACGAACCAGGAGCGGCGGAAACCGUUCCGCAGCCGCAGCAGCCGGCGCAGCUGGCGGGCACGAUUCCGCUGGAGCCCGCCGGCAGCGGAGACGGCAGCGGGCGCGCGCACCCGAACACGGCAAACGCGGCGAAUGUGACGGCGGCGGCGGCGAUGGCGGAGGCGGGGCAUUCGCUGGAAGGUGUAGAGGCGGAGCUUAUCCUGUGCCCGCUGCGGCUGGCCAUUGAGAGCAAGCAGAGCCGCCUCAUGGAAACGGCGCUUGACUGCCUGCACAAACUGAUAUCGUAUGGUCACUUGGAGGGCGACUGUGGGCUGGAAGGUGGCAAGAACAACAAAGUGCACACGGAGAUCUUCCAGCUCGUCUGCUCCUGUGCCGAUAACACGGCACUCGACAGUGUGGUGCUGCAGGUCAUCAAAGUCAUCCUCACUGCCAUCGCCUCCUCCACUUUCCAAGUGCAUGGGGACUGCUUGAUCCUUGCUCUGCGCACAUGCUACAACAUAGUGCUCACAAGCAAGAGCCAGGUGAACCUGUCAACAGCCAGGGGCACGCUCACUCAAAUGCUCAACAUCGUCUUCAAACGCAUGGAGGCAUCGGAACUAGCCAGUGCCCCUCAGCGUCCCCACGCCUACCCCACACCCACCAAGCCAUCCGGGGAGGGGCCUUCCGAGGACCAACCUGCCGCUGCUGUUGACGCUGCUUCUGGUGGUGAUGGUGGUGGUGCGUCUGCUGCUGCUGCUGCUGCUGCAGUGGAGGGGAUGGAAGGGAAGGAGGGAGGCGGGGAGGGGGAGGAGGAGGGGGAGGUAGAGGGUAACGGGGAGAGGGACGAGAGAGCGGGAGUACAGGAGGAGCUAAAAGUCCUGGAAGGGCCUCAGCCCAGUAUAGAGGCGUUAGAUGCUGUCCUAAGUAAAGCACUUAGGCCGCAGGGAGGGGGCGCAGGUGGGGAUGCUGCUGCUGCUGGUGGUGGUGGUGAGGGUGGUGAAGGGGAGGGAGGUGCUGGGACAGCAGAGGGGAGUGGAGAGGAGGGAGCUGGGGCGACUCCUGCUGCGCCAAAGGGCAUCGAUCUGAGUCUGCUGGCUUUAGCGCAGCGGGACGCACUGCUGGUGUUCUGCACGCCGCACCAAAGUCGAGUAACCAACCAGUUAACUAACAACCACCCACCUAGUCACAUUCUCCCCACCACCACCAGGGGCAUCGAUCUGAGCCUACUGGCGCUGGCGCAGCGGGACGCCCUGCUGGUGUUCCGCACGCUGUGCAAGAUGGCCAUGAAGGACGGCACCGAGGACCUUGUUCUGCGCACCAAGGCACUGUCGCUGCAGUUACUACAGGUGGGUGGGUUGCCAGCAGCACGUGUUGGGCUGGCUCAGAUGGCCAUGAAGGACGGCACUGAAGACCUCGUGCUGCGCACCAAGGCGCUGUCACUGCAGCUGCUGCAGGUGUGGGUUGCUGUGCCACGUGCUUGUCUAGUAGCUUCUGCAGGUGGGUGGGUGCAGUGGUCAGCACGUGGUGAGUGGGGUACCAGUGGGCCUGUGAGUCGCCUCAAAAGGCAUUCAGCACGCGAUGACGUGCAAGACGGCGAGCAGCGCAUGAGCGGGAAAUGCAGCGGCCUGUUAGAAUCGGUCAGCCGUGAGUUCACGCUCAACUUUGCCUUCCUCGACUCCAUCAAGAUGUACCUCUGCUACGCGCUCGUGCGCGCCGCCGUGUCGCCCUCCGACCGCAUCCACGGCCUCGCCUGCUCCAUCUUCGCCACGCUCAUCCAGCGAUUCCGCGAGUCCCUUAAAGCCGAGAUCGGCCUCUUCUUCCCCCUCGUCGUCCUCCGGUCACUCGACUCCCCGGAUAUCUCUCCAACCCAGCGUCUGGGGCUUCUGAGAGUGUUAGAGCGGCUCACAGCCGAACCACAGCUGCUAGCGGAUGUCUUUGUGAACUACGACUGUGAUUUGGACGCGUCGAAUCUGUUUGAGCGUAUGGUGACGUCUCUGGAGCGGCUUGCUCAGAUGCCUGUGGUGGGGAUUGCGGGCGGAGGGGCAGGGGCGGGGGGGGCGGGUGCGGGAGGGGAGGGUGGGGCGGCGCUGGUAGCGGCGGUGAAGCUGGCGGCGUUGCAGUGCUUGGUGAAUGUGGUACAUGCUUUGGAUACGUGGUAUGGGAAGGAUAAGCCUCCGGUGCCGGUGGGUGUGGUGGGUGAGGAGAAGGAGGAGGAAGGGGACGAGUGGAAGGCGGAUGGGUUGGGAGCGGUGGAGGAGGAGGAGGAGGAGGAUGAGGAUGAGGAGGAGAGGGAGGGGCGGGUGGCGAAGUGGGCGGCGGCAGAAUCACAGGCGGAUCAGUUUGGGCGGGCCAAGGCGCAGAAGGCAGCGUUUGAGACAGCUGUGGAAAAGUUCAACAUGAAGCCAGAGAAGGGACUGGCGUUCCUGCGGACGAGAGGGCUGUUGGCUGCCGAUGCUGCUGCCACGGCUGAGUUCCUGCGCUCCACCCCUGGGCUCGAUAAGACGGCCAUAGGCGAUUACCUGGGCCAUCACGACGACUACCACCUGGCGGUGAUGCACGCCUACGUGGACGGCAUCCCCUUCCACAGCACCUCCUUCGACCAUGCCAUCCGCCUCUUCCUCAAGGGCUUCCGCCUGCCAGGGGAGGCUCAGAAGAUCGACCGAAUCAUGGAGAAGUUUGCAGAAAACGUCCUCUCUGCUACUGCAGCCCUUCGAAACAUGAGUACUGCAAGGACGACCCCGGGGGUAUUCAAGACGGCAGGCUGUGCCUAUGUGCUGGCCUACGCAGUGAUCAUGCUCAACACAGACGCCCACAACCUUUCCUCUCCAUCCAUCCCCAUUCCGUCCCAACCUUUCCAUUCCAGGUACUGCAAGGACAACCCCGGGAGUAUUCAAAACAGCAGACAGCGUGUACGUGCUGGCCUAUGCAGUCAUCAUGCUCAACACAGACGCCCACAACCCCUCUAUUCCUCCCCCAUCCUCUCCACCCCCUUCCGCAGAUACUGCAAGGACAACCCGGGAGUAUUCAAGACAGCAGACAGCGCGUACGUGUUGGCCUAUGCAGUGAUCAUGCUCAACACAGACGCACACAACCCCGUGGUGACCGCCAAGAUGACCAAAGCCGACUUCGUGCGAAUCAACUCAUCCCUCGAGGGCGAGGAGAGCGCGCCUAAGGAGCUCCUAGAGGCCAUUUAUGACUCAAUAGUCUCCGAGGAGAUUAAACUAAGGGAUGAUGGCGGUCCGGGGGGUGCCGGAGGGGGUGGAGCGGGCGGGGCAGGCAGGAAGGAGAAAGGGCAGCUGGUAACCGUGCUGAAUCUGGCGUCGGGGCAUAAACGCAGCACGGUGGAUGUGCGGAAGGAGAGCGACGAUAUCAUCAAGCGAACGCAGGCGAUUGUGAGGCGAGGGCGCGUGCAGCGAGGGGUGUUUCACUCCGCUGCCCAUGCUGACCUCGCUCGGCCCAUGCUGGAGGCGGUAGGAUGGCCUCUGGUCGCCACGUUUGCUGUGACCAUGGAGGAAGGUCCGUCGGGAGAGAGUGCCGCUGCAGUGGCUGCUCUAGCGGCAGGGGGUGCAGGGGGUGGGGGGGCGAAGAGUCUGGUGGUGGUGUGCAUGGACGGGCUCCGCUGUGCGAUUCACCUGGCGUUUCUCCUGGGCAUGGAGACUCUCCGCUACGCCCUCCUGACCUCGCUCGUCCGCUUCACCUUCCUGCACGCGCCGAGGGAACUCCGGGUGAAGAACCUGGAGGCGAUCCGGACGCUGCUGGCGAUAGCAGAGCAGGAGCCUGAGGCGCUGCAGGACACGUGGAAUGCUGUGCUGGAGUGCGUGUCCAGGCUGGAGCACGUUGCCACGUCACCUGCCAUGCUGGCGGUGCUGGGCGCGCCGCCCGCGCCGGUGGCGGUGAGGGAGGCGCUGCUGGGAGGUGUGGAGGAGCUGGCAGGGAAACCGCUGGAGCAGGUAUUUGUGGUGAGCUCGCGCCUGCCGUCAGACGCCGUUGUCGAAUUCUUCAUCGCUCUCUGUGGUGUCUCUGCGGAGGAGCUCCGCCAGUCGCCCCCGCGGGUCUUCUCCCUACAAAAGAUUGUGGAGAUCUCCUACUACAACAUGACCCGCAUUCGCAUGGUGUGGGCGCGCAUCUGGUCAGUGCUGGCGGUGCAUUUCAUCACGGCCGGGCAGAACCCCGACGAGCACGUCGCCAUGUAUGCCGUCGACUCCAUCCGCCAGCUGGCGCUGAAAUAUCUGGAGCGCGCUGAGCUGGCGCGCUUCACGUUCCAGAACGACAUCCUGAAGCCGUUUGUCGUGCUCAUGCGCACGAGCCGCAGCGAGAAGACUCGAGAGCUGAUCGUCCAGUGCGUCGUGCAGAUGAUAAAGGUGAAGGUGGGCGGCAUCAAGAGUGGGUGGCGCAGCGUGUUCAUGGUGCUCACUACUGCUGCCACCGACAGCCACGAACCCAUUGUGGAGAGCGCGUUUGAAACCGUGGAGCAGGUGGUACUGGAACACUUCGAGCAGGUGAUAGGAGACUGCUUCAUGGACUGUGUUAACUGCCUCAUGGCCUUCGCCAACAACGUCCUCGUCCCCCGCAUCUCUCUCAAAGCCAUUGCACUCCUCCGAAUCUGCGAGGACCGUUUAGCCGAGGGCCGGGUCCCGGGAGGCGCCCUGCGCCCCGUGAAUGAAGGCGAGAAGAUGAGCGACAACGAGGUGGCGGAGUAUUACUGGUUCCCGAUGCUCGCCGGGUUGUCCGAGCUGACUUCCGACCCUCGCCCAGAGGUUCGGAGCUGCGGCGUGGAGGUGUUGUUUGAUCUGCUUCGGGAGAGGGGGCAUAAGUUUUCGACGCGGUUCUGGGAGAGUGUGUUUGAGAGGGUGCUGUUCCCCAUCUUUGACUAUGUGCGGCACGCUGGCACGGACGGGGAGAGGCCCCCCCCCACGGACCUGUGGCUGAGAGACACGUCCAUUCACUGCCUGCACCUGCUCUGCGACCUCUUCUGCGACUUCUACCAGGACGUGGCCUUCAUCCUGCCGUCCCUGCUCGGUCUCCUACUCGACUGUGCCACGCGCCCUGACCAGUCACUGGCAGCCAUAGCAGUGGGAGCACAGCUGAGGCUCAUUGACAGGGGGGCGCCGCUCUUCUCCUCCCGUGACUGGGCCGUGCUGCUCGACAGCCUCAGAGUGGCCACACUAACCACUCGUCCCACCGAGCUUCUCGCAAUCACUGAAGCAUCCCUCGCUGCCUCUGCUGCUGCCGCCGCCAACGCCGCUGCUGCUGCUGGCGACACCGCUGCUGCCACUGCCGCCACUGCCGCUGCCACCGCUGAGCUGUCAUUGGACAAUGCUGUGCUGGAAUCCGGCGCUGCUGACCUGGCGGAUCAUGCGUCAGGCUCGGCGAUCCGUACCAAGAUUCCCACUGGUGACGUGGCGACGAGCCUGAUGGGGCCGAACCUGAGUGAGAGGAUUGUGGCUGCGCCUGGAGGUGUGACUGUAGCCGAGCAAGUGACUGAAGUGGAUGUGACUGUAACGAAUGGAGGGGCGGAGGGAGAAGAGGGUUACGGGGUGGUGGAUAGGAGUGGGGCCGAUGAGGAGGCGGCGGGUGUUGGGGAGGGGAAGGGCGAGGAAGACGGGAAGGUGGAAGGGAGUGGGGAGGGGUUGGCGAACGGGGAGGGUACUGCCAUCAAGCCUUCAGCGUCAGGAGAAGGGGACAACUUUGGCAAGCGCCUGAUGGACACGCUGCUGCUGCGCAAUCUCUCCAUGGCGCUGGGAGGCGCGCCCACUCCCGCUGCUGGGGGGAGCGGCAGCAUCUGGUCGCGCGCGUCCAACGCAAGUGACGCUGCCCUGGCGUCUGCUGUGGAAUCCGAGGAGCAAGGCGAUGGGGCCAAGGAAGAAGAGGAGGAGGAAGAGGAGGAUGAGGAGGCAUCGGCCUUCCCGGUGGCAGACCCUGUGCGGGUCAAGUGCUACACGCAGCUGCUGCUGCUGGGGGCGCUUAAUCAGCUACAGGAGAAGCACUGGCAGCGGCUGCGGGCGGCGCACCGGCGGCAGCUCUUGGACUGCAUUGCCACCAGCAUUGACUUUGCCGCCCGCUUCAACUCUGACACGCACCUGCGCAUGCGCAUCCAAAUGCUGCCGCCCGAACGCCCUCCCCCAUCUCUGUUGCGCCAGGAGGUGACAGCAACACAGCUGUACCUGAUUGUUCUCCUGCGCUGCCUCAACGACCCGGCAGCAGCGCUGCUCCCACCAGCCCUCUCCUCCCAGAUGCUGCUGCAGUCAGGGGCGGCUCACGGGGACGGCGCAGGGGAGGGGGAGGAGCAUGUUCAUGGGAAGACAACCCCUGAAGCAGCAGCGACAGAAGGGGGGAGAGCAGCAGCAGGAGCAGGGGUGGGAGCAAACGGGGGAGCUGCGGCGAAGGGGGUAGCAGCAGGGGGUGGGGGAGAGGGGGAGGGGGGUGAGGAGGAGGAGGAGGAAAGGAGGCGGUUGGGAGAGGAGGCAGAGGAGCAGUUGCUGCGGGUGUGUGGGAGGGUGCUGGAGAUGUCGUCUCGCCUGCAGCCCAACACGGGGCAGGCUGUCGAGGCCGAGGUGCACCGCCUGCUUGCCCUCCGUGCGCCUGUUGUUGCCAGAGUACUGUCAGCGCUGAGUCAGAUGGACGUGGCACGCUUUGAGCGCUUUGUGCCGCACCUCUACCCGCACUGCACGCGCCUCAUCUGCUCCGACCAGGUGGAGGUGAGGAAGGCUCUUGGAGACCUCUUCAAGGCCCGCCUCACUCCUCUUAUUCCAGGCUCCGAUGCACCUUCACCUCCCAUGACGGCUUCCGCGUAA